UCGUUUAGGUUUUCAACAACAUUAGUUUCCUUCCGAAAUGUCCAUGUGAGUGUAAAAAAAAAGGCCAGAAGUGGAGUUAAUUAAUUGUAAGUGAAGUCUGCACUUGAGUCGUGAAGCACUUAGUCGGAUUGUGUAAAAUGGCCUCCUUCGCUUGUUUACAAAGACUGUCGAUGGUGGCUCCGAGAUCUUGGCACGUCAGAUGGAUGGGAUCGAUUCCCAAGAGGCCGAGGUACUUGGACGAUCAUCUACCAUUUCAGCCCCGUAAAUAUUACCCCAUUGAGAAAGUGGAGAUGUCCAAAGAGCUGUUCAAACGACGUGUCCAAAUUCGAACCGACGAACUCAUUCGACACGGCAGAGAACAAAUUCCGAGGAGAUCUGACUUUUUGGAAUGGAACUACGAUUCAGAACUGUACGCCUUUUCGGUUCGAUUGGGUGAGAACUUUGACGAUAGUAAAAUCCGGGAGGCCUUUGUGGACCAAUCCCACGUGGAAAUGGAAGCCGAACGCCAUCGAGCCUUGGAAAUGGGAUCCGAGGAUGAAUUUGCAAUCACCUCCAACGAUCGAUUGGCCGAAGUAGGCUCCACAUUUCUGUCCGAAACGCUCGAAUCUUACGUCCGUGUUGCCUUCCCAUUUUGGCCGGAAGAGGGCGUCCAAGCUUUAGUGGCCUUCUUGAAUUCUAACGAGGUCCAGGCCGAAAUUUCGUUCCACAUUGGCACUCGAGAUCUCAUUUUUGCCAAGGAUUAUCCCCCAGACAUGCCAACCUAUGCCAAAGUGUUCCGAGCUCUGGUGGGCGUUCUGGUCGAAAGUGGCCACGAGGACCAAGCCAAACGUUUUAUUUACGAUCUGGUCGUUCCCCAGCUUCAUGUACAAGACAUCAACGAGAUUUGGGACAUUAAGGAUCCCAUGCGCCUCUUGAUGACCAUUCUUAAGAAUGAGGGCAAGUCCGAGCCUGAAUCCCGACUCUUAUGGGUCAGUGGAUUGGAUACUAUUAUGGCCUGCUAUCACGUGGGCAUCUAUGUGGAUAAGGAACUGAUUGGACAAGGUCCCGGUGAGAGUGCGGAAAUUGCAGAGGAAAUGGCAACUCGAGAUGCUCUGAGGAGAAUGUUCCGAUCGGAUGAAAGCAUGCCCAUGAUUCCCAUGGGAGACUACCUCGAUCCCAAUCAAAUAAAGGCCGGCCCCAAGGCUAAUUUAAGCGCAUCCGAAUGGUCGCAAGAGAAAGUGUUGAAGAAUCUCCAAACCAUAUGAUCUCCAUAUGUACCUAAUAAAGUCUUGGAAUAUGGA